AUGGAACAGGUAUGGUUACUGCUCCUGCUGACGAUUAAAGUGCUUUCAGUGACUGCUCAGUUCAAUGGAUACAACUGUGAUGCUAACCUCCAUAGCAGGUUUCCUGCUGAACGAGAUAUCAAUGUUUUCUGUGGAGUACAGACAAUUACUAUGAAAAUAAAUUUUUGCACAGUUCUUUUCUCUGGUUAUUCUGAGACGGAUCUGGCACUGAAUGGGAAGCACGGGGAUGCCCACUGCAGGGGCUUCAUCAAUAACAACACCUUUCCAGCAGUCGUCAUUUUCAUCAUCAAUCUGAGUACCUUGGAAUCCUGUGGAAACACUUUAGUGGUAUCCUCAGCUCGAGGUAUCAAUGCUUAUGGAAAUACCUCAGUGGUGCAGAUAGGUAAUGUUUCAGGCUAUAUUGAUACACCAGACCCACCAACGAUUAUCAGCUAUUUGCCUGGGCUUCUGUACAAAUUUAGCUGUAGCUAUCCACUGGAGUACUUGGUUAACAAUACCCAGCUUGCUUCGUCAUCAGCUGCUAUUUCUGUAAGAGAGAACAAUGGUACAUUUAUCAGCACCUUGAAUUUGUUGCUUUACAAUGAUUCAACCUACAGCCAGCAGCUCCUUAUUCCAAGCACAGGUUUACCUUUGAAAACCAAAAUAUAUGCAGCUGUAAGAGCAACCAACCUUGAUGGCAGGUGGAAUGUUUUGAUGGACUACUGUUACACCACGCCAUCUGGUAAUCCUAGCGAUGAUCUUCGAUACGAUCUUUUUUUUAGCUGUGACAAGGACCCGCAGACAACUAUAAUUGAAAAUGGCAAGAGCCAAAUGGGCCGGUUUUCCUUUGAGGUGUUUCGCUUUGUGAAGCACAAGAACCAGAAGAUGUCUACAGUCUUCCUUCACUGUGUGACAAAGUUGUGCAGAGCAGAUGACUGUCCCUUUCUUGUGCCAAUUUGCAGUAACAGAGAAAGAAGAGAUGCUGGUGGGAGGACAACUUGGAGCCCUCAGAGCACCUCUGGCAAUGCUGUUAUCUCUGCUGGCCCCAUCAUUACAAGGAGUGAUGAAACACCAACCAACAAUUCACAGCUUGCUCAUCCAAACGGACCUCCUUUCCAGCUGAACUCAGUUACCAGCGCACUGAUUUCAGGCAUUGUCAUCCUAGGAAUUACAAGCAUUUUCUUUUUUGUGUGUUCCCUAGCUCUUCUGCGCAGAAAGUGGCCCAACAGUUCAGUCUUGAGUGGCAUCCGAAACCCAGUUUUCAACUGA